AAAUGGUCCAAGAUGGCGGGUGAAUUGAAGGAAGACACCAGGGUUUUGGAAGGAUUACUGUCGACAACAGACCAGCUGGAAUCCCUAGAAUCACUUGACGCAGCUUUUACGACAAAUACUGGAUCGUUUAGGCAGCGACAUGUAUCCGAAUCGGUAAGUUUGGCGCGUAUUUUCCUUUCUAUCUUGGCUUAAGCUUACUUUAGUCAGUUUAAUUUAGUACAAGUACAAGACCAAAUCGCCUUUCACUGACGAAAAAAAGACUUUCGAUCAAGUUGGCUUAUUUUAAUGGUGUAAUACCAAUGCCAGAAACGUAAUAACACCAUCAUAUGAACUGAGACAAGAUUCUUAAAACACAUUCAUGAAGGUGUCUUAGCAGUGUUUUUGUUUUUUUGUUUUUGUUUAUUGUUUUGUGUUUUUUUAAAAACAAUCUGGUGCGUUGUUGGUCUGGCCAAGAUUUCAACCUGUACCUCCCACUCUAGCCCCAGCCUACCAAGCUUGCAAAGAAAGUCGUGUCCAAUAGUGCGGGGCUAGUGGAUUUUGCUUUCGGGCUAGUGAAUUCUGUUCUUAACUUGCCCGACGGGCGAGUGCGUUUUUGGGGGAAAUUCAAAUUACAGAAGGAUUGUAAUCAAUCCUGCUAAUCAAAAAGGGUUUUGGGGCUAGUUGAAAUGACAUGUGGGCUAGUACAUGCUAGCUACAGCUUGCCCGAAUGGCAGACUGUAAAACUGACUUUCUUUGCACCCUGCUACAUUAGACAAACUGAGUUAAUGGGCCAUUCUCCAACAGCUGAACAGUGAAAUGCAAGUGCUUAAUUUGUGGUUUUUGGUUUAAAAUUUAGUGUUCCUAUGUUUCAGCCUCAUUAUCAUGUAUUACCAUACCCAAGCUAUAGAAGAAUUGAGUUUAAACCAAGGGUGAACCUGCACAAAAACACGUACUUGUGUUCCCUUUCAAACUAAGUAAGCAUGUAGUAAAAAUGAGACUCUCUGUAGGUACUUCUAACAAAAUCAAAGUUGCGACAAUUGCAAUUUUCUUGUUUUCAUUGUUGUCAUUGUAGUGGUUUGAGCACAACUGUAGCAUUUUUAUGCAAAACAAAUCUUCAUAUGUGACAAUUUCAUGGAAAAACCAAUGAUUUCAUGUUUAAUGCGCAACAAAAAAUACAUCUGCAGGUAACCUUAGAGAGGCUCAGUUAUAUCUGUUGAAUGGGUGCUAUUUUAAAUUAAAUUCAUUGAUUUACAGGUUGAUAUUGAAUUUGACCUCCCAGAAGUAGUCAACAUGCCAUCAUUAGAGAGCAUUUUGAAUGAGGUAUAAUGAUUUUAUUAUUUUUACUAAAAAAUUAAUGACAAAAUACCCAGUACUGAAUUUUGAAAAACAUUUCACACCUUACCUAUUCUCCUCAUCUCUCUUCGCACUUAGGGUCCUACCCUAUGCAGCUCCUACCCUUUGUGUGUUCUUGCUCGAAUAAGUUACUUCAAGUCCUGGGAUCUAAGCUUAAGUCUUAUGGCGAUCGAAGAUUUUCUAUCGCGGGACCUAAACUAUGGAACAGCUUACCCACAUCUUUAAGAAAUGCUGAUUCCUUGAAUUCUUUCAAAAAACAUUUAGAAACAUAUUGAUUUCACCUAGCUUUUUCUUAAUUUAUAAUUAGAUUUUUAUUUAAUUUUCAUACUUAUAUGCUUUGUUAGAUUUUUUAGAGUUUUAAUACAUUUUUGUAAAGUGCCCAGAACAGUUAAUGAUAUAGACCCUAUAAAAAUGAAGUCUAUUAUUAUUAUUUAUUAUUAUUAUUAGGAUCUUCAUGGAGCUUUUUCACCUCUCUCUGUUAGCUGCUACUACUCACACCUCCUCCAAGGAGCUCUAACCCACGUUUCUCCUUGUUUUCCCACUGUCCUCGUCUAUGUAGAUUUCUUUGAUAGUAUUAGAGAGCUUCAGAUUCAAGGGCGAGGAUGACUAGGAGUAAGAAAUUUUCUCAAUAAUGAGUAUUGCUCACAUGUGAACCAGUGUCAUUUUGGCAGGAAAAUGUGAUAGCCGUCAUCUUUCUACUACAAGGUUUAGUAAGAAUGUCGUAGUGGUGGGAAAAAGUUAUCUAAUGUAAGAAGUCUUAAUGUCUCAAAGUACCGAUCAGUUUUAUAAAUGAUACCCAGAAGAAGCUCUUCAGCUUCCUGUGGAAGAAGUUUUAUCAUUUUGCCAUCGGAAGAGGGCUUAACUUCCUUCGGCAUAAAUAACCAUACUAGCUUUUUUGGUGAAAAGAAGUAAAAUGAAGCUUUCUGGGGUGAAAUGAAGUAAAAUGAAGCUUUCCGGGGUGAAAAACUGCAAGUUAAACUUGAACUUGCACUCAUUCUCAUCCUCAAAUCUAAAGCUCUCUAAUAAUAAUAAUAAUAAUAAUAAUAAUAAUAAUAAUAAUAAGAAGAAGAAGAAGAAGAAGAAGAAGAAGAAAGUUUCUUUUAUAGAUGGCUUAUGUUACACAAUGUGGUUUUUAAUAGGGCACUGCAUUUAAAAAAUAAAAUUUGCUAAAAUACAGUACUAAAGAUGACAAAACCUAAUAUUCAACAAUCAGAUAAGCUAAGAACAGUUUGAAGGACUUGGAUAUAAUCCAUUAAAACUUUGUUGUUUUUGUCACCCUAUAUGAUACUAGUCUUGUAUCUGUUACAGGUCAAAAUUAAAUUCUGGUAAAUUUUUUAACCCAGGUUGAUUCCCAAUUUCCUUUGUCAUUUAGCACUAAUUAUUCAUGAAUUAGGGCUAAGAGACAAGGGAAAAUGAUAAUCAACCUAGGUUAAAAAAAACUUCACCUGAAUGUAAUUUUGACCUGUAAUAUUUAGUUUUACACUGUUCAUUAUAGGUAAAAUUUGUUCUCAAGUUAAAGUGAUAAAUUAUUUUCAACUUGGUUUAAUUAAUUGUUUGUUUAUAUUUCUAGAAAGAGGAGGAUAUACUGUCUUUAGAAGAUGAUCCUGAUCUAGCUAAUGUACUCAACAGUGAACUGCUAUCCUCUGUGCUUGAUUUAGAUCCAAGGUUAGUGUUUGUUAUAAUAUGUUAUUUGUUCUAGAUUAGCUCAGUUUUCUAUUCUUACUAGUAUUCAGUUCUUUAUCUUAUAAAUUCUUUAACUCCCAAUAAUCUUACUUAGUAACAAUGACCGUAAAGCGAAAACCUUACAAAAAUCGAAAUUGUCUUUUUGCAAAAGUAAUUAUCAUAAUAGUAAUAUGUUUUAACCUAUUUUUCCCUGAACUGCCCAUAACUAUGUGAUCGCAUUUACCUCCCUUGUACAACUAUGUCUUGUUAUGUCAUCAGUUUUCUAAUGGUCAAAUAUGAGUCUGUCAUUUGAUUUGUGCAGGGGGAAAAGAUCUUUUAAACCAAUUUACCAGAAUUAGCAUGUUUUAGUCACAGAGGAUGGAGAAAAGAAGAAAAACCAUGUAAUGUUGGCCCAAACUGUGUAUGAAAUUCUUGCUCCACCACCCACCUAUCUUUCCUGCCAUCUAACCCUACUAUCCUGAAAGCUUUCCCAUAAAAAUGUUUCCCACCAAAAUGAAGCCUUGUAAAUGCCCAGCAAAUGACAAAAAAAAUAGCGAGAAUCGAGGCAAGGAAAGCGAAAGAAGAGGGAACCAGAGAAAGCAAAGAGUAAAAGUCAAGACUGCUGUGUCACUUUUAACCCAAAAAUGAAACUUCACAAUUUUGCUUUCUAUGCAUACCCGGCACACAUGGACUAUGGGAUAAGCUACCAUUGCCCAAGGGCAAGUACUCAUACACGAAGUUACUUCAGUGUUCUUAAACCAGCAUAUAAGUUCUCACCACAUGUAUGAGGGCCCCAUUCUGCCCAAUUGCACCAUGUUGUCAUGCUUAUUAAAAUUUGUACUACUUUGUUACUAUAAGAAACCGUUGUUGUAGUCAUUAUUUUUGAUUGAUAUUAUGUUAUUUUAUAGCAAAGGAAAGAAAGAGAAAAAAACCAAACAUGGAUCAGUACUUCGUCAUGUUGUGUUAAAAAGUGUUUCUGGUCAAAUGGUCUCUGCAUCUGUAAGUGCAAUGCUCUAACAGAACCUUGUGAAGCUUAGGGAAAAGGGCCAACAGUAGGAAAUAAAGUAAAAAAAUGUCAAGAAAGGAAAAUAUAAACAGUUAGUUAGUAGGACUUAAAGCUGGGAUUGAAAUAAAAAUAGGGUCAGCAACUUCUAUACACUCAAUUACAAUUGUACAUAAAAGUACUAAACACUGAAAAUGCCUUUUGAAGUUGAUUAAGCCAUUUUCUGGUCGCUUUCUGGCCAAAAAGAAGCAAACUACCCAAAACAUUGUUUAAAAGUCAAGCACUAGGCUAUGGUAAAUUACAGCUUCUGAAGUUCGCGAAUGUGGGUCUGUUUGAUGUGGUUUAAAUGUUAGGCAACUAGCAGACACCAGCCUUCAUGAAGAUUCCACCCCACAUUGAUUGCAUUUUCUGGAUGUGAAUGACAAUGAAUUUAUAAACUUCACUAUGCUGCGGCUGAUUUAUUUUUAAAAGUGUUGUUAACUUAUAGGACUGACUCUCUUGAUGUUAGUGAAAAUGGAUGUUUGAUGUGGUUUAAAUGUUAGGCAACUAGCAGACACCAGCCUUCAUGAAGAUUCCACCCACAUUGAUUGCAUUUUCUAGAUGUGAAUGACACUUAAUUUAUAAACUUCACUAUGCUGCGACUGAUUUAAUUUUAGAAGUGUUAGGAUUGACUCUCUUGAUGUUAGUGAAAAUGGAUAAAAUUUCCUUAAGUAAUAUUAAUUUUGAAAUUGUUUUAGACAAAAGACACAUGUUGUAGUUAAUUUUUUAUCUCAGGUAAUUUUUGUUUUUCUUUUGUUUUUGGGUAUGGUAAUCUAUGCUAAUGAAGUUGAAACAAAAGAAAAAUAAAAAUUACCUGAGAUAAAAAAUUAACUACAACACAUAUACACUGUGGUCAAACUUAUUAUUACUUUAAAGUAAAAUGACAUGAUGUGUUUCUUCCCGCAGGCUAGAGUUGAUGCUGGUUUGCCAACUGCUAUGGUAAGAAUUUCACUGGUAUGAAAUAGUGUUUGGUAUGUGCAACUACCAUGCAGCUCUUGGAAGCUAGCAAUUUUAGUGGUUACACGUAGGAAGAUGCACACUCUGGUGGUUUUUGGUGAAAACAAACUAGCUAACAAUAGAGUGACUUUUAAACAAAAGCUGACAAAUUCAACUAACAAUACAGUUAAUACAGUUAAUACAAUUAGCAGCCUAAAAAGAUCAAGUAAUGUUUUAGUGCCUGAGGUGUGAAUUGGUGCUUUUACAGUAAAUUUUGAAGGUCAAUUUAUGUAUUUUUUAUAGGCUGUGUCCUCUCUCAUUUGCAUUGGAACAUCUCAUGGGGUUGUGUUAGUGUUUGGUAAGAAAACUGUCAAUAUUAGUACGGACUAUAAAUUCCUUUUUUUUAGAUAAUUAUUUUAAUUAAGCAGUUAGCGAAAAUUCUUUUUUUUUUUCAGCGUUGCUUCUCAUAAUAUAUUUUCUUUUAUCAGAUCCUCAGCAAGCACUGAAGCUUGUGCUUGGAAACACUUCAAUUGGUAUGAUCUGAAAGCUUCUUUAAACUUCCUCGUUUAACAGCUGUUAUAGAUAACAUUUCUAAGUGUUGGAAUACCAUCUCAGCUGUUUGUCUUUCAUGUUAUACUUUCUAUCAAAUCCGAAUAAUGUUUUCACAGGAUAGUUUAGUAGUAUUUAAUGAGUUGUAAUAGAAGAAAUAUACUGGGUAGUUCAUUGCCAUAUCUACUGUGAAGCUCAAAAACAUUUCAGGCCCCGGUUGUUCAAAUGUUGGGUAGGGCUAUCUACCAGAUAAAUCACUAUCCAGUGGAUAAGUAUUAGGAAAAACAAUUGCGUUAUCUGCUGGAUUGAAAUUUAUCCAGCAGAUAGCGUUAUCAACCCUUUGACAGUUGCAGUUUUUUUCCCAACUGUCCAAAUUUUGUCCCGUUUUUGCUGUGACAUUUAAUAGGGGCUGAGUAUGGUGCUGUCACAGCUCUUGGAAUCAACAUGGAAUGUACAAGACUUCUCUGUGGACAUGCAAGAGGACAGGUGGGUUAUAGGAAGUAGGGGGUGAGAAGGGGCAUCUUCUCUGGGGGGGAACUCCCAUAUCAAAGGGGCAGGGAUGCUUGUCAGAAAUUUUGAAUUAAACCCCUAAAGGAGACCAAUCUGAGCGUGGCCCAACCUUUUUUUGACCCCUAAAAGCGAUCAGUUUAAACUUUGAUUUAAUACAUAAAUUGAGUAAAUAAAAUGAAUUGAAAAUAUAUAAUUUUUUAAUAUUUCUUCAAGUGCAUCCCUAAAAGAGACCUUUAUGGCUAAAUAUAAUGGUGUUUUGCCCAGAACACCCCUAAGCGAGAUGAUGAGCAUCCCUGCCCCUUUCGUGUGGGCCUUCCUCACUAUUUCAACAAAUCAAAUCGGGUAAUCAGAUAAAAGUGAAGUCUGCAGGGCUAAGAAUAUUUUGUUUGAGUGAGAACCUCCACCUCACGAUCUGGAAGAGUGCCACUACCCCCCUUAACUCAUCAUCUAGACCUAUAAAAAGAGAUUAACCCUAAAUUCACACCCAUAGUGAAUGAUGGGUUAUGAGAGCAGGGGUAAGGCAGUGGUGAGAACACUUGCCUCCCACCAAUGAUGCCUGGGUUCAAAUCCGAGCAGUGAUUAUUGGGUUGAGUUUGUUGUUGGUUCUCUCCUUUGGUCUGAGAGGUUUUUCUCUGGGUACUCCGGUUUUCCUCUCUUCUUAAAACCAACAUUUCCAAAUUCCAAUUCGACCAGGAAUGCUGGAUGAAGAACCACUUUGUGGAUGUCCUACAAGGCUGUCUUUAAGAGGCAAGGGCAAGGGAUUUUCCCCCGCUACUAUGAAUGUGGUCCCCGGAUACUUUCAUAAGAAAAUAAAAAAAAAUAGAACCAAAAGAAAUCCCUAGCUAUUUGAUUCCCUGCCUACUUCUUGCAUUUACCUAGCCUCCCCGCAGACAUCCUUUGGGGUUCGUUUGUCACGCAUUCAUUUGGGAGAAAUGAUUGCGUGACGAACGAACCCCAAAGGACGUCUGCGGGGAUGCAUGCGUUUACCCGGCAACUUGAAAUCUUAGUGACAGCCCUGGUGCUACCUCUAAAUCUAGAUCGUUUUUUAACAAUGGUGUCUUAAAAGCCCCUGGAAAGCAAUUUGUGCUAUUUGCUGGGAGGGUAAUCCAAAUGUAUCACUUUUCUUUCUCCUUCUUUCGUCCUUCACAGAUAACUAUGUGGGAUUUGCAGUCUGGCAAAUUGUUAAGAACAAUCAUUGAUGCUCACCCCCUUGGUAGUGCUGUGCUUCAUGUCAUGGUAUGUAAUGAAAGGAGGUUUUAUCUUGGAAAAUACUACGAAGGACUGUUAUUUGAGGGCUGUGCUCUAGCAGAGCCCGGUGGCCCCUGGCGCCUAACUUUUGUCCUUGGGUGACUAGAAAAACUCCGAUUUUUCACACAAAUCAUAUGCUGGGCACCCUAGAUUUUACAGUUUCAGAGCACUGGGCUCCUUUCAAUUUUCCUUAGAGCACAGCCUUGUAUUCUAAGCACCCAUUGCCAGAAAGUUUUCCUCUUCCUAUUCAUACUGAUACAUUGUACUUCCCUACUUCUAGUAGCCUCAGAAAACAGACAACAUUUUGUGAUGCCACUACUGGUUUCCCUGCAAAAUAGAAUCUGAGAAAAGAGCGCAAAAAUUUCAUGCUGAUGAUGCGUCACUACCUGGAUCUGGGUACUGCUACUGAUUGGUCGUUUCACUUGUGAAAUUUGCUUUGAAACCAAUCAGAAGCAUUACCUCAGAUCUGGGUAGUGACGAGUCAUCAGCAUGGAAUUUCUGUGCUUGUUUCUCAUACGUCAUUUCAUGGGGAAAUUGUUAGUGGCACCACAGAAUGUCAUCUGUUUUCUCAGGCUACGCUUCCAGUACAGCUAGAGUAGGGGGGAAUCCCUUAUUUGGCCUAACUGAAGAUGUCUCACUGAACAGGAUGCGGUAUUUAAGGUCUUUCGGCUUGAACAGUAUACAAUUUCAUUUUUAAGGAGUCUGUGUGAAGUUUACUAACAAAGGAUUCAGCUAGACUGGGUGACAAGGCGUUUCUGCUUGGAUGUUAUGUUCAUUUAGUGACCCAAACCUGCUUUAAAUGAAUGCCCAGGUGCUUUCUUGGAAAAAAAAUACCCUUUUUGUAGUUCAUCUGUUCAAUGACUUACUUUAGUCAAUAACUUGUCAUCUUUGGGUGUAAAUAUUUACAGGCACCACUCUACACAUAGGGCACAGACAUAUAUUUCUUUUUUGCAAUCCCCUUGACUUUUAAAUUAAAGCAGUGUUUUAACAUAUUGUUCUAAUGCAGUUCACAGAUGAUCCUUCAGUUGCAAUCUGCAGUGACAGCGGUGGAUCUGUCUUUGUUCUCAGUUUCAAGUAAGAAGACGUAACUGCAUUUUAUUAUACAUGUGUAUAGUACUUUAAAAAUGUGUGGCUAGCUGUCAUGAUCUUUGUAACUGUUGUUGAGUUAAAGAUGAAGUUUUGGUUAAACAUUAGUGACGUGUAAGAUCAAAAAAUGCCGUACCUCAUGCGUUGUUGCUUGAUAGAGUUAAUGCGAAAGAUCUAUCUGCGAAGUUAACUGCAUUCAUUUGCGAAUCUAUUCAGGCGUACACAGAGGACAAUCAGUAAGCGUGUUUUUUUCUCCCGUUAUUGUUUUCGUUUCAAUAUUUGAUCGAUUAUUGUUAGGUUUUUUGUGCGCUCGUCUUUUCUUGUAUAGUUAUGUAAUGAUUAUUGCCUUAGCUUAGCUCCGUUUCAUGUCACUUAGACUAGGUUUUCUUGUUUGUAUUUUUAGUUUGACGUGUUUGACAUCAGAUUAAAUUGCACUGGAAUCACAGUUCGUGUCGGGUGUUGAAAUUCAGUGCAUCGAUGUCCUCUUGACUUGCGACAUUCCUACGCUGUUAAACGCCUGCAUUUACAAUCUUAUUUAUGUGAACUUUGACUAAUGAAGUUUUUACGAAGCCUUAUAUUUUCCACAGGAGAGUCAUUGGAAUGCGGACAUAUGAAUCAACAUGCUUAUUUUCAGGGAGGUACGUGUCUUGAAUGCUAGCUACAGUUUAAGCGUAUGCAUAGGUUCCUUCUGUCCUUAAACCAAUUUGUAUGGUAGAAUCCUUUUAUUGGCCAUAGACUUUGGAAAACACUUGCAACCCCUUACAGUUGUAUUGCUAUCUCAAGUAGCUGUUGUAGGGAAACCUGAUAUCCUCAUUCAAAAGCAAAAUCAUCAAUUUCAAGUGCAUUCUAUUGUAGUCUGAAGGCUGGGGGGUUGUAUAUCCCUGGGUGCUGCCCCUAUCUCUGACCCUGUUUAAGACAAAUAUGUUGAUUUUCCUACCCUGUUUAAGACAGAAUUCCAAUUUUGAUACCCUGUUUAAGACAUUUAUCCUGUUUAAGACAAAAUUUCAAAACCUGAUUAAGACAAAAAUGAUUUUAACCCUGUUUAAGACAAAAAUUGAAAAACAUUCUAUUGUAGUCCUUAUAAGGGAGUAUCCCCCAGGUCUAAAGGGCCAUUAAUGCUUGGCUGGAUGAACCAACCUUUUCCUUGUUAUGUGUAACUGCAUGUAACUGACUGCAUGUAAUUGAAUACAGUGGCAGAUCCAGAUCUUCACAAAAGGGGGGACCAGGUCAUCUAGACCCUGAGGUAUGGGGGAGAGGCAUCUCGAAAAGGUUUUCUUUCAGCUCUUUGGGCCUCAGUUUGGUCUAAAAAUAACGCCUGUGGGGUGGGGGGGGGGGGGUGAGGGGCAAGCUCCCUUGGUGCCUCACCUGGAUCCGCCACUGGAAUGUUAGCUGUAAAGCUAGGGUCCAAUAUGAUUGUUUUCUUUGCUGGUUUUGUUCUUAAGUCGUGGUGAAGUUUGUACGAUGGCUCCACUACACAUGCAUGAAGGAAUGAAGGAUCAUCCUCUUUAUGAGCAGUCAUUUCUGGCAUUAGCUACUCUUGCCAAGGUAUGUAGUUUGAAAUAAAUUUACUUAUUUUAUUUACACCUUAUACUUGUUGAUCAGGAGGGAAAGCUCGCUCAUAAACCGUAUAUAUCUUUACCAUACGGUGGAGAUUGGGAGCAUUGGAUGAUUCCAGCAUAAGUGGUUGUGAAGGACCCUGUCAGCCAGCUAACUAGUCUCGAUCAGUCAUUUAGUGGUUUAGAAUCUACACGUACAUGUGCAAUUACCAUGUAAAUUACAGGUCAAGAUUACACUCAGGAUAAAAUGUGUUAACAAUACUCAUCAAAUUUUGUUGAAGCACCAGUGGUAGACUAAAACUGAGGAUUUCUCAUGUCAUGCCUUCUGGACCAACUGAUAUUCUUUUCCCUGUGUGUACAUUUACUUCUUCUCUCCUUACCCAAUGUUGAGAUUUGUAUUAUUUGCAAAUGGAUAAUACAGGAAUCAACAUUGUUUUGUAGGUUGGUUAUCAAUUUCCUUUGGCUCCCAGCCCUAAUUCAUGAAUGUAUGGUUUGUUAACAGGUCCUUAUAGUAACGCUGAAACCAGAUCUUGAAGUGCUUUUUACUCACACUCUAAAGGUAGGCAGCUUGUUGCAAAUUAGGUUAGUUCACUCCCUGGUAAUUUUUGCUGGGUGCAAAAAGAGUCAUGCUUUUCUUGAGAAAAACCUGCAAAACAUCUAUGGAACAGUUAUGAAGUAUUUUGGUUACAACAUUAUUAUUGUGGGAGACUAGAGGAGCCUGCAAUUGCUAUUAUACAUGCGCACAUGUAGCCUGCUUCAUGUGGACUUCCACUAAGAAUGAAUGGAAUACACAGAACUUAAUCCUUAGCUUAUCAUGCACUUUUGGACCACCUAUCACUCAUAAUCUGAUCAUGCAUGUUUUGACCAAGUAUCACUUGAAACUUAUUCAAGGCACAACAUUGGAACAAAAGACUUUUGACCUUCAAUAUUGUUGUCUGACUCACACUCUUUAACCUUUGGUUAUUACUUGUUGUUUUAUACUUUGAACGAUUUUAGGGUCCAGUGGAUUCCUUGCCCUUGCUGUCAUGGCAGUUUGCUAUAAUACAAGUAGCUGCAGAAAAAGUCAUUGAUCCGGUAAGCUACAUGUUUGUACAAUCCAGUGCCUUGAUUCCAAAGUGAAUGAUUGAAUCUUGUAAGAUGGUGAAAAACUAUUGAGUCUGUAAAUAAAAUCCUGGCGUGUGACCAUUGAAGUGAAAGCUACUGAGCAGUGCUUUCCCAUGGUACUGUUUAUUGUGCUGUACAUUCAAGGUGGUUCUAACUUUUGAGUCUGAAAAUAAAAUCCUAUGGUGUGACCACUCAAACAAAAGCUACUGAAAACGACUGAGCAAUACUUUCCUGUGGUACAGUUUAUUAUGCUGUACAAGGUGGUUCUAACUUUUGAGUCUGUGGAUGAAAUCCUAAAGUGUGACCAUUCAAAUGAAAGCUACUGAGCAGUACUUUCUUGUGGUACUGUCUCUUAUGCUGUACAAGGUGGUUCUUACUUUAAACAUGAAAGGUUAAACUGUAGCUGAGAGAACAUACACUGUAGGGCUUAACUAAAAUGAUAAUUUUUUUUGUAACUGAUUAUAGGAAGAAGCAUUUAGAACUUAUUUCAUGGAAACAUUUUAACAUUGCUUAAUUGACAUCAUAACCAUUACCAUGGCAACAAUAUAAUCCACUGUUAACAGCCUCAGCUUCCUCAAAAUUUUUUCUUUCUAAAUUUUAAGCUACCAUCUCUGACUACAUUUUUUGCGUUCUAAUGCUUGUACCUUCUUAUUUUUUGUAUUUUAAUAAAUUUAUUCUUGGUAGUAGCAUUUUAGUUUAUUAGUUAUGGAGCUUGCAACUAUGUCUGUAAUUGAUUUUGCAAGAUAAUAUAUGUACAUGUAAAUGUAAGUAGAUGUAAAUGAGCAUUACCUACACUGAUGCCCUGUCAGUGGUGUUUUGUCUGUCUACUCUUUUUUAUUUACAACUUAGAAGGAGUUUUUGUUCCAUUCUAGGUUAUAGCAUUUGCCAGAGGGACUGAAAUUUACUUCUACCAGGUGUGAUCUGAUUACUGUAUUAAUAUUCCCAACACUCUCCCUACAAAAAAACUAACAUAAAAGCAUUUCUUGAUGAUUUCAUUUGAAUAAUGAUAUUUUGCUUCGCUGAUUUGAGGACUGAAUAAUUAUUGAGGUGAUAUACCUUUUCUAGACUAAGUAUUGUGUUCAAUAGAUAAUACAAGUUGUAUCUUACAUGACCAGAUAUUCAAGUCCAACCAUUCCAUUGCUUUCUAGGCUCAUUCAAGGGCAGAAAAACAAAUCAAGUUUGUUUUCCUACAAAGGAUUGAGACUUCCUACAAGCUUGUGGCAUUAGAUGUGAGUUAAAUGUUGUUUGAAGAGGAUCUAACCCUUAUUUCGAGCCAUUAGCUUUACAAUAAUCAAUCAUUUGGCCCUCUCACCAAAUGGCCCCCUGGCAAGAUGCCCCUAGAGUUAUGUAGCCCACCAUUCGGAACAUCACUCCCAAAACUUUAUUAACCUUUUCGCUUGUAAAAGUGACCAAAGUCAACUUUCACCAAAUUUACAGUUUUUUUAUAAAAUGCUGAAAGACGAUGUGUAAGUACCGCCAAAGAGAUUUUGUUUGAAUGGUCACACCACAGGAUUUUGUCCACAAACUUAAAAGUUCAAAACACCUUACAAGAGUCCAUCAUAAGUGAUCAUAAGUCAUCCUUAGAUAUUCCUAACAAAUUAAUUGAAAUAGCUGCCCAGCCAUUGUCAAUACCUUUAACAUAUAUCUAUAACCAGUCUAUUGAAACUGGAAUUGUUCCUGAUAUUUUAAAAAUCUCACAAAUUUCCCCAGUGUAUAAGGGUGGUGAUGCUACAGACCAUCCCCCAACUAUUCAUGGUAAAUAGCAACUUACUGAAUAUUUUAGUAAAGUGCUCGAGCGUCUAGUCUAUAAUCAUAUAUAUUUGUUCAUAGAUGAACAUCAAAUCUUGUACAAGUAUCAGUUUGGAUUUAGGAAAGGAUAUUCCACUGAACAAGCUAUUCUUGAAAUUACUGACAAUCUGAAGCUAGCUACUGACAAAGGUCAAAUGACAUGUGUCCUGAUUCCAGCAUCGCGUAUACACAAUCAUAAUAAAAGAUUUGUCAGUAAUCUGAACUAUUUUAGGCCAAGAGUAUCCACCAACUUAGGUAAGACGUCCUUUAAAUUCUCCGCUCCAAAAAUCUGGGAGACUGUACCGCCUGGUCUCAAGUGUCUGCCAUAUCAUAAGUUUAAGAAAGAAUGGAAGUCCUGUCUUCUAACCAACCAAAUCUGACCUUGUAACCGCACUACUAGUAAAAGUGUGGUGACGCCCUCAAUACCUUGUGACUGAUUAAAUGAUGCGAAUCAUAGAAUGUUUGUUUUAAUUGCAGUGGUUAAACCCGCAAAUUAUUGCUACAGUAGACUCACUAGAGAGAGUACAUGUUAUUGAUGUGCGAAGUAUGGAAGAACUAGAGGUAAACAUUGUAUAAGAGCUUAGACGAAAAUGGUACAAAAUGAAAUAUUAUUUGUAAGGGAACCAUCCCUGGGAAUAACGAUUAAUUGCAAUUACCACUGCGACGACCAUAGCUUGAUUGAAAUUUGUAGUUCCGCAGUUCACAUCAUCUUAAUUCAUGUUCUAUUCCUUUCACGGGUUAAGAUGAACUCAACAAAUUGGCUUGUUCCCAAUGUAUGGGUCUUCAUAGCUCAGUUGGUAGAGCACUGCAGCGCUAACGCAGAGGCCGUGGGUUCGAAGCCUGUUGAAGUCCCGAAAUGUUUACGGGUUAAUUUGUAAUUGCUUAAAUUGCAAUUACCCCUGCAACGAUCAUAUCUUCAUUGAAAUAUUGUUAUCGUUCACUCAGAUCGGUAAAUAUUGAUUGUGGUUAAAUUUUGUACUUGGUUCGAGUCAGUUAGCUUUGCUUUCAAACCAGUUGUCAUACCUAAAAUCAUUACAUUCUGAAUUAAACCAAGGAUAGAAUUGAACUCGAACACUUAAAUCUGUUGCAGGUUCUUGAUCUGAGUUCAGUUCGGCUUGUGUACAGCAGCAGUUACUUCAAAUCGCUCUCUACUGGAGGAAAUGUCAGCAAAGCCUUGGUAAAUAAAUUUCGUAAAUCCUCUAUUAACCCCCCGGGGGGGGGGGCUUGUUUAUUUCAAACACACUUGAGGGGAGGCUUAAUAGAGACGGGGGGCUUAACUAAUUUAGCAAAGACGAUGGUAUCAGUUCUCCAUAAAGAACUAGAAUUCAAAGUGGAAAAGCUCAAGUACAAGAAGUUGGGGGUCAUGCAGCCGAGGAUCAGAAUAAGCCAUAGGUGAAUAAGCCAUCCUGGAUCAGUCCAGGCGAAGUUUUACAGUCGUGAUUGAGUAAUACAGUGUAUCAUUUAUUAGUGAAAAAUAAUAAGGGGGAUGGGAGGGGGGCUUAAUAAAGAGGGGGUUUAUUAGCUUUCUUCCCCUGAAAAGGGGAGGCUUAUUAGAGAGAGGGGGAUUAUUUGAGGUGGAGGGGGCGCGUAAUAGAGGACUUACGGUACUUUAACAGUCAAUGAUUGGAAAUUGUUCUUUUGCGGACUUAAUGCCAAAGUUGCAACUUGCUCUUGAACUUAAUGAGUGGAGUCUAACUCGUUAACGUAGACGGCUAAUCACUUAUGACUGAUAUGAUUCAGCCCUCUGGUUGGGCAUCUUUCCCCUUUAACGCGAAAGACUCUAUUCGUAUAAAUUGGUCACAGACCUUUCUGUCGUUGGUGGUUGAGUGUGGAAGCAAAUUCAACGCGGCAAUCGUGAGCUAAGAGAAACUAAAGGAUAGAUGAGAAGAGGGAGCGGCUGCAUUCUAAACAAAAAGAACAACAACAACCACAACAAACACUUCAUUUCUGCUGAGAAAUAGACUGAUUGGAUGUUUUGAACACUUCAAUAGUUAUUGUACCGUUAUGUUGCAAAACCGACCAAGAGUAUGAAAGCAAACGCAUUACUUCAGUCGUUGGUUGUGCCGGUAUAUAUUUUUUGGCACACCCCUGCAAAGUAGCAUCUCCAUUUUACCCUUGAAGUAUAGGAGGCAGCUCUACCAUUUAACCAGUCUGUGUUAUUAACUGUAGGUGGCUGCCAGUGAACAUUCAUGUUACCAAACGAUUAGAGUUUUUAAUGGACAGCAGUUGUUGCUAGGGGUUAAGGUAAGCUAUUGGUAAACACGUUGACUUAAUGAUACAGUGUAUUUUAGUUAAUUUAGGAUUGAAGUGGUUUGGGUUUGAAAUAGCGACUAACGCACUGGGUUCGAUUACCAGACGCUGUUCGGGAAAUGAGUGUUCUGGCUCUCUUUUCAUGGACCUAAAUGGCUGCAGAAAUUAAGGACGCGGCGGCAACGAAAACGUCGCUUAAAAAGUGAACUUGCGUUCUUUCAAUCUUUAUCGCAAUUAUUCCUAUCCACUUACUUUGUCAAAUGUAGGCGAACCCUCAUGGAGUUGAAUUGCGAGGGACCAUAUCCAAGUUCAGAGAGAGAAAUAAAAUUUCGUCGUUGCUUGUUUACGCACUCCAUAAAACGUGAAAUUAGGGGCAAAGAAAUGUACAAAAAAGCGUGAUGCACGUGCAAAGUUGUUGUUUUUCUUAUAAAAACUAUUGUUUUUUUGACGUUCUGGUCGCCGUCCGCGUCAUUGGAUCUUAAAAGUCCCUAAUAUUGAGGCUUCUCACUAACUCAAGGGACCACUCCCUUAAGCGACUGCGGCUACUUUUAGGAUUGCCCUACUGAACCCUUCCUUUGUUGUUAAGCUCUAGUAAGCGACCACUCAGCGACAACUCAGAGUCUUGUUCAUAUAAAUCAACACUUUAAUGAAACUGCACACUGCGGUAAUGGUCUAAAAAAUUGGAUGUAAAGCCGUAGCCUAUAUCAGAUAUAAAGACACUGAUUUAAACAUUUUAAAUUUCUCUUGUAUUUUCUUUAUGAAUUAUUAAUGAGUUUCUAAAGCUCUCGUAAGCGACCACCCUCUAUUAAUUUUUUUAUCAUGCGGUCACUUAUGAAAGCUCAUUCUCGUAAGCGACCAUCUCUAGUUACGACCACUAUUUCGAAUUUCCGAGGUGGUUGCUUACGAAAUCUUCGACUGUAAAAUCUUUUUUUUUCUUUUUCCAGUCUGUGCACGUGUUGACAUUAAGGACAUGGCGUGACGUAAGUUCAAAUUUAUUUUUACUACUUCAACCAACGUUCGGUUCAUCACUUUGUCGUCCAGUGACCAGUAAACUUUCAGUCAUGAACCCUGCGUGAACCCUUGCUUAUGAAUUUUGUCUUUUCCAUGUCAGACUGUACAGAGCUUCUCAGUAAUUUUGAUACUCUGUUUCUUUCUCGUUUCAGCGAAUUGAAGUUUAUGUCAAGCAGAAUAAUUUUCUUGAUGCAUUAGAACUGGCGUUGUCAUUUUAUAAUGGCACUGCCAUGGCAGUUAUAGGUAAUAACAGCGAGCCUAACGGUGCUGUGUCACAAGAUUUGUCAAAAAUUCAAACAGUAGAAACCGCCACCAAACUGAGUGAAACAAAAAUAACAGCUCAAAACUUGAAAAAAGAUAUAGAUAACACAGCAAACACAAAAGUAGAGACGGAUGGACAAACCUGAAGAAGAUUGAAACGGAUUGUAAUGUGAUUUAUAAAAGCUUAACAGACUUGUCUACACGAACAAUGUCCGCAAAUAGGUAAAAAAUUCGCCUUUCAAAUUUACAAAUAUCGAAAAUGAUAACAAAAACGUAAUAAUAUUGACCACUCACGUCACGAUCUCAUAUUCAAAUGAACCAAUCAGAUCUCACCGCAAGUACAGGUGGCGGUCGAAAAGCGCGGGAAAAAGUGCUUGGCGGCAGGUAUUUUGUAAAAUCUUUACAUAUUUUUGAAACUGUCAUGCCUCUAACAUUUAAGGCUUGCGGGCCUGGGAUGGACUAAUUUUUUGUGCUUUAAGACUAUCUUUACUCUUAUGUUUUAACGUCAUCUGUAGGAUUGCUUGGUAGCAAAGAACAGAGGAUCGCCGAAAUUGCAGCCCAGGUUUGUAAUAAGUACCGAAACCAAUGUAAUGACUGUGGUUUGUCACAAGAAAAGUCAUGCACCAGUUUUCACUUGAAUGACUGACGCGUCUGUAGUUGGCCUGGGUCAAACUCGGGGAAAGUUCGUGCGAACAAUUACUUGUUUGGUUUUGUUUUUACUUCUCAUUGGUUGAAGAUGUAGCGAUAGAUUUUCCACUGCGCCAACCACAAAUCAACGAUAGCAUUUUACAGAGUACUCUUAAAGUAAAAAGGAAAAACAAACAAACAAACAAAAAACAAAACAAAACAAAAACAAAAAACGACGGGCGUUUUGCUAAAAUUUGUGGCAUGCCCCUUUUAAAACCCUCGUCGAGUUUUUGGCCACCCUCUUUGGUUUGCAGAGCCCAACAUUGCCUUUUCCUUUUUUGACUCGCCUUUCAGAGCUCGUUGUUCCGUAAACGUUGCAAACAACUUGUGUCCGAAGUAAUUUGUUUUUCCUGCCAUUUCUGUUAGAUCGAGGAACUGUUGCUCGCUUUCGUGGACAUAACAGUGUUUGUAAAUUGUCCCAGGACCAAGGAAACUAAGGAACUCAGAACCUACUUUAAGGUAAUAUAAAAUAAUGUUUUAAGGCCAUGAGAUUUCAGUAUACAUUUUGACUUUCAACGGCCUGUUUAUAUUCUGCAGUAGGUUGUUAGUAAAAUAUUAAAUUGCUGACUUUUUUUCCAAAUUAGGAAAUCGUUCCAAUUUUUAUAAAGUACAGCAUUGCGAUUAACAACAUGUGAGUAGAAAAGUUUACCUUUUAGUUUAUACUAUUAGAGUUAAAGCUGUUAGGGACCUUAAGCAAGGACGACGCCGACGGCAGUGAAAACGUCGGUAAAAAAUGAAUUUGCGUUCUUUCAAACUUACUCGCGUCUAUUUGGACCCGCUCAAUAUGUCAAAUGCAGGCCACUUUUCCCGGAGUUGAAUUCUUAAGGAUUUUUUUCAGGUUUAAAAAGAGGAAGGAAAAUUUGUCGUGGUAUGUCCACGUCCUCCAUAAAACGGCAAAUUAGGAGGUUUCGCGCAGUGACGUCAAAGAAAUGAACUAAAAAACGUGAUGCACUUGCAGAGCUGCUGUUUUGAUCAUUAAACCUAUUGUUUUUUUUGAAGUCGUCGUUGUGGUCGUCGUCGUAAUUGCUUAAGCUCCCUAUUUGCUGAUUAGACUACGAGUAGUUCUCAUUUUUCCUCAGGGAUAGUAGAGCGAGCGAAAGGCGAGUGCGUGUGAAAAUCACUCCACGCGAGAAAGGCGAGACGCGGUGGGGAGAGAGAAGAAUGAGUAUGGAAUUUCUGUCGCUGAGUCGCAGACGUUCCUUCUCGCGAAACGUCCCCAGCGGCAAGAAGCGAGGAGAAACGGCUGUUUUCGCAGGCUACCACUUCAGAAAUUCUUGGGAGAAUGGACACUAGCUUUGGGAGUAGUGAUUUCUGGGAUCGUGUGGGUGGACAAGUUUUAAUUCUGAUUGGUCGAUGAUAUUCAAGACAACCAUUAACCAAUCAUAAGUAACGCUUGUCCACUCAAACCAUCCCAGAAAUCGUUGCACCAAAAGCUUGUACCCACUCCCCUUAGGGUUUCUGGAGUGGGGAAUUCACCAAUUGCACAUCUCCCAUAAUACACCUCGUUUGUCCACUCCCCCCACCGUUGUUAAGGAGUUAGGCGCUUAAAUGGGAUCAUUCUUUGGAUAUUUGCAAUUACCUGUUUAAUGUACUGGACUUUGUUGACAUCCACAGGGAGCUCUUGUUUAGGGAGAUUUACGACAAGUUCAGCGAAGAUCCGAUUGGGAAAAUUGUGUUUUUGGAAAGCCUCGAACCUCACAUAUUAUCAGACAAGUAAGUUGUUGUAACAAUGCUGAUGAGGUAUUUGUGUGCAUUUCCGUGGUGCUAUUGCUUCUGGGUCUAGGAAUUUGUUUGUGGUCAUAAAUUAAGGCCCUUUCUAGUCCUGCUUUCUCUAAAGCCCUCUUUUAAAAGAUUGUAGGAUCGUUAAGUAUCGACGACAGCCGAAGUAAAAUGUUAUAGUCGAUAUGUUUAAAAUUUUACUUGGAGAUUGCAAAUAUAUCUAAUUGUGACGUUUGAAUUUUAAAAAAAAUUUGUAAAAAAUAAAAAUGUAAAAACAUUUCUACAUCGAAGGACCAGCGAAUAGGCCAUUUCCGAGUUCCAAAAUCUCUUACUUUCAAAACAAGACUAAGUGCAAAACCUUUCUUGUGAAAAUGAGUUUUAUAUGUAUGAGAAUGAAAAUUCAUUUUCAUAUCAAUGGCUUUGUACGUUAUCUUCUCUUUGAUACAGAGACUAGACUGCGAGCAGUCUCUCUUUUUCUUCAGGUUUAUUAAGGGGAGUGCACGCGCGAAACGAGGGCGGCAGUCCGUGAAGAAAAAUAUUUUUUCGUGCCUCUCCCAUCUCGCGCCAUCAGUCACGCGCGUGACCAUUUGCGUGUCUCGCGUUUUGCUCGAGGGACUACAGAAACAAGAGAGACUGCUCGUAGCCUAUACAGAGACUUGGGGCAACUCGGAAUUGACCUAUUAUAUUCGAGUGUAAAUUCUGCAGUCCUUGAAGUUUGUAGUCAAAGAGCCAGGAUAAGGCAAAUACUCAAACUGAUAACGAAAAAACAUACGGACGUUUAUGACAUGUCACCUAAUACUAGGAAGGAUUUUGUCUUGAAAUAAUCACGCAGGUUCGUACUUAGCCUCCCCUCGGCCAUCUUAUGGUUGCGCGUGAGACUGGGUGGGCGUUGUAUCGAAUUGCACUAUGGGACUGUUUUGGGAAGGCUAUCACUUUCAUAAAUUUCGUCCCCCAAAACAGUCCCAUAAUGCAAUUUGACCGCCGAAUAAGCAGCGAUGACAGGCGGCUUCAUUCACUGGCUGAUACUUACACAAUUUAUCUUAACCCCAGUGGUGAUUAAAUCCAAAUUUUAUCAAAGACAUAAUACGUAUAUAAUCAACUGGGAUUAAUUCUCACGAUGUUGAAACAAAUUCUCACCACUACGUCUAUAAGAAACGCAUGGGACGAGAUAUGAGAAUUUGUAUUUUAAUAUUGGAGAUUAAAAGGUUGAAUGAUAAAAAUGUUUUAGUACUGACAUUACUCUACCAAUUUUUAGGUUGACGUCCCUGAGCCCUAUUGUGAUGAAAGAAUUCAUAGGUAAUACCUGGGACACCUAACACCACCUAAAAAAUGCAUUAGUGGUAUUUUCCGCUUUGCCCAAUAACAGAGCGAUUUAAGCACGCUUGUGCUCGUGGUUUCCUUUGCGUUUUGAGAAAAUACAGUCGACUCUCUCGUAACGGAGACCUCGGUAAAACGGACGCCCAGAGUUGAUCCGUGCCUUUCUUUACUCCCUUUAAUUGAUCCUUAUUCUCAAUUUAGGUUUCUGGGAAACUGCCCACCUACCCCUCCCCUAACCCAACAUUUUGUCCUAAGUGAGAAAUAAGUGUUAAUGUUGACUUAGGGGAGGGGUAGGUGGGCAGUUUCCGAGAAACCUAAAUUGAUCGUUAUUCUCUAUAAGACUGACACCACUCUCAGACUUAGACAUAGUGCCAGUCAAAAGGGUGCAUAUGUUAGAGAGAACUGACCGUAUAGACUGUAAGACCUUAGACAAGAAUGACCUCGACCAGGUUGUGGCGUCCAGCGGUUUUACUGAAAACAAGUUUGGGUGGGCUCCUCAGCCUCCCGGGUUCAUAAAACCUAGUCUCGGUCAUUCUUAUUAAAGGAUUUUCGUAGAGACCGUGGAAAAAUAUUGUCAAUUUGUUAUACAGUUUAAAACUCUGUCUAAGACGGAUACCUUUGAGACCCGCACUAAUAUCCGUCUUAUAGAGAGUCGAAUAAAGGGAGGUGAGAAAGCCAAGGAACAACUCUUGGUGUCCGUCUCAUAGAGGUGUCCGUUAAGGAAGAGUCAAUUAACAAAUCGACCACAAUUUUCCAUGGUCUACGCUCUUAUAGACCAUAGAUAUGACGUCAUAAAAUGUUCAAAACUCAAGUGGAACCACAAGCCGCGGGUGAGUGGUUUCAUUGCAAAGUUUUGAACAUUUUAUGGCGCCAUUUCUAUGGUUUAUAAGAAUGUGGACGAUAGAAAAUUGUGGUCGAUUUGUUCUUUACAAUAACAUUUAUUUUCUUACGAAAAACCAAAAACAAAACAACCGGCACUGUGUCACAUGUUACGUCAUUUAUAUGGUCUAUACUCUCAUUGACCAUAGCUCUCAACCAAUCUGCGCGUGAGGAUUCGUUCAGUUAUUGUAAAACUGUAUAUAACUUAGUUGUUGUUUCUCCUUCACGUUAAUUUUAAGUUGGUCUUUGUUUGCCACAGAACAUUACCAACAGCAAGACAAACUCAAAGAAGUCGAAUCCUGUCUACUGCAUCUCGACGUCACCAAUUUGGAUAUUCAUCAAGUAAGUGUUGCGUGACCGGUCUAGGAUUAUGCAAUUUUAGGUGACAGUUAAUCAGUCACAUUGCUUACCAGUUGAUUUCUAGCAAAGCGAUGGCUGAUGUAGAAGCAAGUAAAAAACUGAUUAUCUUUUUAAUGAUAAGAGCACUCGAUAAAAGCUAGUUUUAAAUUAAAUUAGAGAAAAAGUGUUUUUUAGAAGUUAGUUAGAUUGGAGUUUCCAUUUCAUAGCAUUUAUAUAUUACCAACGCCAAUUAUGCAUUUAACAUCUUGGCAAGGUUAUAAACCACACCAAAUUACAAUCUUAUAAAAUGAGAAUGACAUCUUAAGUUGAAAUCUUCUUUUUUUAUUUGUUUCAGUCUACUUGUAAAUAUAUCUUACCGUUUUGUACUCCCCCGGGGUGACCGGUCGUUUCGCUAACUUCCGGUUCGCUAAGGGUUAAUUUCCACUGUGGGGUAAUUUUUCCGUGCGAACGCACGUUUAAAUUACGUGCGUAAAUAAAAUUGAGGCAAUGUAUGAAAGGCCACCCGUAAAAGUAAAAGUUGAGCGAGGUUCGACUUCAACGUAUACGCGUGAUCUGCCAUACAAUGUCUCUAUUUCAUUUACGCGCGUACGCACGAAAAACUUACUCGACAGUGGAAAUCCACCUUAACGUCUUAUGUCGUUCCGCUAGGGAGGGAGACGAGCGCUGCGCAUGUGUAUGCGUCGUUCUUUCAGCCAUGAUACAAAAAAGUGCGAUACGCAUGUCUAUACUUCGUUCUUUCGGCCACUGAUCAGGCGAAAGCAGUUAGGUAACUGACCCAACAUUUACGCGAAACGACUUCAGAAGUUAGCGAACAGGCCGUCGUCGGCUGUGCUACAGGGGGCUGCCAUCAUUGUAACAUGUUACUGAUAGUCUGGAAUAUAAAAGAUGUUGUUAUUAUUUCCUUAGAUGGUAAAGCUUUGCUGGGCGCACGGUUUAUACGACGCUAUUUUCUAUGUGUACAACAGAGGAAUGAGAGAUUAUACCACCCCUCUAGAGGUACUGUCGGUAGCCUAAUAAAGCCUAAUACAGUCAGCUCUCUAAAUAACUCCCCCCCCCCAAGGCUGUAUAUUCAUUCUUGACUCUUUUUUAUAGGAGCUGAUCAACGUUUUAAAGAGUACAUUGCAAUCUAGAGCUUUACUUUUAGGUGAGAUUUGUUUUUUGUAUUUUAAAGAAUCCUUGAAUCUUGGACCUGAAUCAUUCUCG